CACCGUUUUCGUCAGCAAACACCAGGUAACUUGCGGAACCAACGUGCUUGUUUACUUCGUGGAUUUUAGUAACAAAUAUAAACAAUAAAAAAAAAGAGAAAGGGAUUAUAUUUUUAUCGGAUUACGGCGAUGAUUUAGGGAUUUUGAUUUGUUGAUAAAAGUUGUCAGCUGUAUUUCGGCUGAGGUGAUUAAUUUAAUACAUUCACAUGCUUUUUUUUUUCAUCGGGAUUACAAGUUCGAAAGAUGUGGUGUGCGUUGCUAUAGUAACCUAAAGAAGCCUAAAGAUCAAGUGGUUUGGGAUUGACAUCAGUUGCUGAAGUCAAAAUGGCUGAACUCGAAAUCGUCGAGGAGGAUCCGAAUUUCGACGAAGCGCUCCAAUCUACUACGGAACAUAUUCGUGAGUCCACAGUUUCAACGUACCUGUCCGAACAUGCCCGAUUUGCUCGACAAUGGUUUAUUCGUAAUGCAACUCCUGAUAUGGUAUCCGAGUGGCUUGUAGGCCAUGGAUACGGACCAGAUCCUGAAAUGCCUGAGAAUUUGUCGAGCCUGACGGAUUCCUAUGCUAAAGCGACACACAGUGGUAGAAAUUCUGUCACUUCGGAAUUGUUCCAAGAUAUGGUCAUCUGCCCUAAGAAGAAGAAGCAAAAUAUAUCGAACAACUUAAGUCGUAAGGAGUUGCAACAGCACCUGAAGAGUCUGAAAGAGCCAGAUUUGUUAAUGGAAUUGAUACGGGACAUAGCUAACGAACUAGACGUGGACACACUUUGUCAUAAAAUCCUUGUUAAUGUGAGCAUUCUGACCAACAGUGACAGGGGAAGCCUGUUUUUGGCGAAAGGUCCCAGAGGUUCACGCUACUUAGUGGCCAAACUUUUUGAUGUGACCCCGGAUUCAGUGCUACAGGAUGCUUUGGAUGCUGCAGUGGACGAAGAGGGAGAAUCGCGAAUUCCUCCCAUACCCUUUGGUGUUGGCAUUGCUGGACAUGUAGCUCUGACUAAAGAAUGCGUUAAUAUCAAAGAUGCUUAUCAGGACCCUCGCUUCAACAAGGAUAUUGACACCCGCACGGGAUACCGCACAGUGAGCGUCAUGUGCCAACCGAUCCUUAAUUUCCAAGGUGACGUGAUUGGCGUCGCGCAGUGCAUCAACAAGGUCACCGGUGAUCACCAAUUCACUGAGCAAGAUCAAGAAGUGUUCCGUAAGUACCUAACCUUCUGCGGCAUUGGAGUUCAGAAUGCCCAGUUAUUCGAAAUGUCUGUUCGGGAAUUCAAGAGAAAUCAGCUUCUCCUGAGCCUCGCCAAAUCAAUUUUCGAAGAAACUUCAUCGUUAGAUCGUCUCAUCAACAAAAUCAUGGUGAAAGUUGAAGAACUAUUACAGUGUGAGAAAUGCCGGGUAUAUCUUGUUGAUACUGAGCAAGAAGAUCUGGUCUUUCAAAGACUAGAUAAUUUGGAAGAAAAAAGUAGCACUCUACCUCCUAUUUUCAAACCUAAAAAGUUUUCUAGACCACAGGAUGUCAUUUUCACUACAAUUUUUGAAUUGCGAAGAGAUGAACAGGAAGUAAGGAGGCCGAGCCUGAAAGAUUUAUCGGGUUCAGAAGCUGCACAUGUUUAUUUUGCAAGACAUGUGGUUGCUACCGAACAAACUUUCAAUUGGUCUGGAACAGAUGAUGAAAUAAAAGUUGUUCGAAAAUCCAACAUUGCUGCAGUUCCACCUGCUUUUCCAUCUGAAAAGUUAAAAAGUCGCAUUUUGUCUAUACCUAUAUUCAACAGUGAAAAUAAGGUUAUUGGUGUUGCUCAGUUAGUAAACAAAUCUAAAGGUCAAGUUUUCACAGAUUGUGACAUAAAUACUCUGGAGGCAUUUUCAAUAUUUUGUGGUCUGGGAAUUUAUAAUACACAGAUGUAUGAAAAUGCUAGUAAACUUAUGGCAAAGCAGAAAGUUGCUUUAGAAGUAUUAUCAUAUCAUGCCUCAUCUUCAUUAGAAGAAACUAAGAAAUUAAUGACUACAUCUAUUCCAACUGGAGAAACAUUUAAGCUAUACAGCUUCCAUUUCAGUGAUUUUCAUUUAUCUGAUGAUGACACAUGUCAAGCUGCACUUCGAAUGUUUAUUGAUUUGGAUCUCAUUGCAAAAUUUCGCAUUCCGUAUCAAGUUAUGUGUCGAUGGAUUUUGAGUGUAAAGAAAAAUUAUCGUCCUGUGAUUUAUCACAAUUGGAGGCAUGCUUUGAAUGUUACACAGACAGUCUUCUCGAUGCUAAUGACUGGCCACAUGAGAGAAUUAUUUACUGAUAUAGAAAUCAUGGCACUGUUGGUUGCAUGCCUUUGUCAUGAUUUGGACCACAGAGGUACAAACAACUCAUUCCAAACAAAAAUUGAAUCUCCUCUGGCAAUAUUGUAUUCUACAUCUACUAUGGAACAUCAUCAUUUUGAUCAGUGUGUAAUGAUCCUGAAUAGUGAGGGUAAUAACAUAUUCCAGUUUCUUUCUCCUGAGGAAUACAAAAGUAUAAUAUCAGUUGUUGAAUCUGCCAUUCUAUCAACAGAUCUGGCUUUGUAUUUCAAGAAAAAGGAUUCAUUUUUGAAUUUGGUGAAAUCUGGUGAUCCAGAUUGGACUAAUCCUCAAAAUAGAGAACUGCUAAGGGGGAUGAUGAUGACUGCCUGUGAUGUGUCUGCAAUUUGCAAACCUUGGGAAGUACAAAGAAAAGUAGCAGAACUUGUAGCUGGCGAGUUCUUUCAACAAGGAGAUUUGGAGAAAGAAAGGCUGAAAGAACAACCAAUUGCAAUGAUGGAUCGGGACAAGAAGGAUGAAUUACCUGCAAUGCAAGUUGGAUUCAUUGAUUGCAUUUGUCUGCCUGUUUAUGAAGCUUUGGUAGAAGUUCAGCCUGCACUCAGUCCUUUACUUCAAGGAUGCCUUGAAAACAGAAAAAACUGGCAAGCAUUGGCCAAUGAUAAACAUAAAAAAGAAACUGAGCUGUUUACAUUUAGAAAUGGUACAAACAAGAAAACAGAAAAUAAUCGCCAAUUGAAUGGAAUGGUUCAUCUACCUCAGACUGUGUGUUAUAUUCCAGACAACUCCGGGAGAUGCUUCAAAGAUGGAGGAGAAAUUCCACGGAGAAGCGAAAAGGAAGAAAUACUUUUCCCAUCAUGCUCGAUUCAAACGUACAAACAAAGAACACCAUUCUGGAAACCUGUGCACCGUCCUGUGACUGUAUAGAAAGACUUUAUUUAUUUAUUUCAAUGUUACUUAAUUUUCUCAAGGAAAUGAACUUUGCUGUGUUUGCACUUUAUGCUUAAGAUGGAAACAAGCCAUCUUAGGUUGAUGGCAGGUCCAUCCAUUUCACCUUUAUUUUUGAUUUCAUGAUUGGUGUGUUCUUUCAGCCAAGGAAUUAAUUUUCCACCUUAUGUAUCACAUUCAAUGUUUCAUAGAGUAUAUGUCACAAAUAGUUAAAUGCACUAGUUAUGUAUUUUCUUUCCGGUAGUUAUUCUUGUGCUACAUUUGAUCGUAAAAUUUCCUCUAAGUCAUUCCAUCGCUGCAUUUAUUUGCAUUUUUUUAUUGUAGGUGUUAUUUUUCCAGUUAUUGUUCUGUAAAUUAUAUUUAAUUGAUAUAAAAGUUAUUUUGUGCCAAAUUCUUAUUUUGGAGUUAUGUUAGUACUUAGAAUUUUACAUACAAAACACCACAAAUGGAUUCAUUCUGUUGUUCUUCCUCGCUGAAGUCUGUACAUGUUGAUAAAUAUUGUAUAUAUGUAUUUAGUAUCAUGUGAAAGGGAGUAUGCAUUUUUCAAAUCACUGCUUAAUAUUUUAAGCUAUUUUAUUUACAGGUAAGGGAUUUAUCUUGUACUAGUCAUGUCUUUCAUUAUGUUUGUUCUUUUAAGUAUGUAAAUAGUGCUAUUGAGGAUAGUUUAAGCUGUAUAUUUGUAUGAAAACAGAAAAAUAAACA